UUUUGAAUUAAAAUAUUUACUUUAUAAUUAUUUUAAUAAAUAUUGUAUUUUAAUUGAUGUGAAAAAAAAUUGUUUAAAAUAUUGAAUUGAAGUUAACUUUUAAUCUUUUGAUAAGAUCCCAUUGUACAAGACAUAUAGAAGCCGAUAAUAGACAACUGCCGGAUCGCGAAGGAAUUCGUAAAUCUCAAGGCUAUAAUACGGCUAUGAUGUUUAUUUGGAUAUUGUAAAAUUUUACUGACAAUGAAAAUUAUUCCUCGUGUUGAUCGAUAUUGCAUCAAAAAAGAUUAAUUCGUUCCAAUAUAAAAGAAAAAUAAAAAAAAAUAAAAAUGGAUCAUAUACAGGAAGUACGACAAUUAGAAUUACUUUGUAAGCAGCUUUAUGAGUCUCAAGACUCGGCGCAUCGUGCCGAAGCUGAAAAAGCUCUUGUUGGUUUCCAAAAUGCUCCCGAUACACUUACAAAAUGUCAGUUACUAUUGGAUCGUGGAGAUUCGGCUUAUGCCCAAUUAUUGGCAGCCACCACCUUGACAAAAUUGGUUUCAAGGUCCGCAUUAGGACUAAGUCUACAACAAAGACUUGAUAUAAGAAACUACGUUUUAAACUAUCUAGCAACUCAGCCAAAGUUGCCAAAUUUUGUAAUACAAGCGUUGGUCACACUUUUUGCACGAAUAUCAAAAUUAGGAUGGUUUGAUUCAGAUAAAGAUGAUUAUAUAUUCAGAAAUGUUGUCAAUGAUGUGACAAAAUUUCUUCAGGGUUCGGUUGAGCACUGUAUGAUUGGAGUACAAUUAUUGUCUCAAUUAACAUGUGAAAUGAAUCAAAUAUCAGAAGCUGAUGCAAAUAGGUCAUUGACGAAGCACAGAAAAAUUGCAAGCAGUUUUAGAGAUACACAACUUUUUGAAAUAUUUAGAUUGUCUUGCUCAUUAUUGGGCACUGCACGUGAAAAUUGUAAAAGUUUAAAUUUUAAUGAUGAAGCUCAGCAUGGAUUAAUGACUCAAUUAUUGAGACUUGCGCAAAAUUGUUUAACAUUUGAUUUUAUUGGUACAUCAACGGAUGAAAGUUCAGAUGAUUUAUGCACUGUACAAAUACCAUCAAGUUGGCGGCCGGCAUUUUUGGAUUUUACAACAUUAAAAUUAUUUUUCGAUUUAUAUCACAGUUUACCGAAUACAUUGUCAUCGUUGGCGCUUUCAUGUUUAGUUCAAAUUGCAUCAGCGAGACGUAGUUUAUUUUCAAAUAGUGAGAGGGCAAAAUUUUUAACACAUUUAGUUAAUGGAGUUAAACAUAUUUUAAGAAAUCCCCAAGGUCUCAGCGAUCCAGGAAAUUAUCAUGAAUUUUGUCGUUUAUUGGCACGAUUAAAGAGUAAUUAUCAACUUGGCGAAUUGGUAUUAGUUGAAAAUUAUCCCGAGGCAAUUGAAUUGAUUGCAAAAUUUACUGUUCAAAGUUUACAAAUGUGGCAAUUUGCACCAAAUAGCGUUCAUUAUUUAUUGAGUCUUUGGCAAAGAAUGGUUGCAUCAGUUCCAUAUGUAAAAUCAUCGGAACCACAUUUAUUGGAAACAUAUACGCCGGAAGUAUCAAAUGCAUAUAUAACAUCAAGAUUAAAAUCUGUCGCUGUUGUUGUUAGAGAGGGUUUAGAGGAUCCUUUAGAUGAUUUAGGAAUGGUACAACAACAAUUGGAACAAUUGUCAGUUAUUGGAAGAUGUGAAUAUCAAAAAACAUGUACAUUAUUGGUUCAAUUAUUUGAUCAGACUGCUAGAACUUAUCAGGAAUUAAUGACACAAUCUGUAACACCAACGCAACAAAUUGAUAUUACUAUUCAAGAGGGUCAAUUAACAUGGCUCGUUUAUAUUAUUGGCAGUGCCAUUGGAGGACGGGUUUCCUUUAAUAGUAAUGAAGAGCAUGAUGCGAUGGAUGGUGAAUUAGUUUGUCGUGUUCUUCAAUUAAUGAAUCUUACCGAUUCAAGAUUAGCUCAAGGCGGUUGUGAGAAACUCGAAUUAGCUAUGCUUAGUUUCUUCGAACAAUUCCGUAAAAUAUAUGUGAGUGAUCAAAUAUUAAAGAAUUCAAAAGUGUAUAGAAGAUUAUCAGAUGUCUUGGGACUCAGCGACGAGGCCAUGGUUCUCAGUGUACUUAUUAGGAAAAUAAUAACUAAUUUGAAAUACUGGGGAAGAAGUGAACAAAUUAUUUCAAAAACUCUACAACUUUUGAAUGAUUUAUCAGUAGGAUAUAGUUGUGUCCGAAAACUUGUCAAACUUGAGGAAGUGCAGUUUAUGUUGAAUAAUCAUACGAGUGAACAUUUUCCAUUCUUAGGAAAUAAUGUAGCAGUUACUGAAAUGCGUUGUAGAUCAAUGUUUUAUGCAUCAUUGGGUAGAUUAUUAAUGGUUGAAUUGGGCGAAGAUGAAGAAAGAUUCCAUACGUUUAUGCUGCCACUGACAGCUGCCUUGGAAAGUUUAGGACAGUUAAUGGGUGCAGCCAAUACUCCAGUAUUUGAUGCUGAAGAAGCAAAAAAAGCACUUAUUGGUAUUGCAAGAGAUCUUAAAGGACUUGCCUAUGCCUUUAAUACUAAAUCAUCCUAUAUGAUGCUUUUCGAUUGGAUUUAUCCGAAUUACACACCAAUUUUAUUGCACGCAGUUGAACUUUGGCAUCAUGAACCUCAAGUGACAACUCCCGUCCUAAAAUUAUUUGCUGAAUUAGUACAAAAUCGAAGUCAACGAUUACAAUUUGAUGCCUCGUCGCCAAAUGGAAUUUUACUUUUUCGCGAAGCUAGUAAAGUGAUAUGUAGUUAUGGAAAUCAUAUACUAAAUGUCGAAGUACCGAAGGACCAAAUAUAUCCUCUCAAGCUCAAGGGAAUUAGUAUAUGCUUCAAUAUGUUGAAAUUAGCAUUGUGUGGAAGUUAUGUGAAUUUUGGUGUAUUUAGGUUAUAUGGAGAUGAAACUUUGGAUAAUGCUCUCAAUACAUUUGUGAAAUUACUUCUUAGUAUACCACAGAGUGACCUCUUGGAUUAUCCAAAAUUAUCAACAACUUAUUACGUAUUACUGGAGUGUUUAGCGCAGGAUCAUAUGGCUUUUUUGUCAACUUUAGAGCCUAGGGUCUUUUUGUACAUUCUUUCAAGUAUCAGCGAAGGCCUCACAGCACUAGACACUAUGGUUUGUACUGGUUGUUGCUCUACUUUAGAUCAUAUAGUUACAUAUUUGUUCAAACAGCUUUAUCAGAAAGCGGGAGUUUAUCCGGGUAAAAAAAAUUCUGUAGUUCAAGGAAGUGGAGAACUCUUUUUACAAGUACUGAAACAACAUCCUGAGAUUCUUCAACAAAUACUGAGUACUGUUCUCAAUGUGAUAAUGUUUGAAGAUUGUAGAAAUCAAUGGAGUAUGUCAAGGCCUCUAUUAGGUUUAAUACUUUUAAAUGAAGAGUAUUUCAAUCAAUUGAGAGAGAAUAUUAUAAGAAGUCAGCCAGUUGAUAAACAGGCAGCAAUGGCUCAAUGGUUUGAAAAUUUAAUGGAUGGAAUCGAGAGAAAUCUACUCACAAAAAAUAGAGACAGGUUUACACAAAAUUUAUCAAUGUUCCGAAGGGAAAUAAAUGACUCCUUAAAGGGGCCAAAUAUGACUGCUGUCAAUUCAGGAAUGGUAGCAGCGCCAGUCAGCAUGGAUAAUUGGGGAUAAAAAAAGGACUAGGCAUUUGCGUUUUUUUUUCAAAAAAAAAAAAAAAAGCGGGGAGUGUUGAUUAGAGGGAUGGGUCUAUUUUAACAAAGAAAACAUAUAUGAUUUUAAAUUAAAAAUUUUUUUUUUGAGAGAGCAGUCAUUUUUUAAAUACCAAAUUCAGGAAAAAAAUUUAAAAAAAUAAAAAAAAAAUUUAUAUACACAUCAGUGAUAAGAUAAAAUACAAUAAUAAUAUAAAUUAAUAAAUUGAAAUAAAAUGGAUGUGUAAAUUUUUUGAAAAUAUAAUGAAAAAAAAAAAAAAAAAAAAAUGCAUUCAAUAAUAAGAGUAUAAAUUUAUAAUGCAUGUAGGAUGUAGUUUUUUGUAAUAA